AUGCCCUCUCCCCCGAUAACGCUGUAUAUGACCACGAUUGCCUCCCAGCCUGUGCUUAGGCAACGGCAAGGCAAGGCUUUUCCUCGCCCAAAGGAGCCCCGAUUAGAACGAGCCAAAAAGAUACCCUUUAAUACCUAUGAUUUGGCGUCGGACGAAGAAGCGAAGCGCCUAUGGAGAAGGAAGGCACCUCUUGACAAGCAGCAGCUUCCUGGCAUACUUGUUGGUGGGAAGUUCCCUGGUAAUGCAGACCUUCUCAGAGUUGUGAGCCUUUUGCAUCGUUCCAUUACAAAGUACACGCAAUCGCCUAAAUACCAAACCCCUACGCUGCACAGUGAAGAUGCCGUUGAGCAUGAUGAACUGGACAUAUUCCUCAGGCUUAAAGAAAACUGGGACCCUGCCAUUGAUGAAGACAGGCCGCCCCCCGAAGUUAAACCCGUCGGCGUCCCAGGGGCUGCCUCUCCCAUGCAAAUGACUCCUGACCAUCUCAAACCCAAGUUCUAUCCGAAGACCCAGGCCCCAUCUCCCCUCAAAGGAAAGUCUAUCCCGGUCAACAAACGGGUAGGCGAGCUUGACAUGGGGGACGAACUGAGUGGCUUUGGAUUGCAGGGAGUAAAGGUUACGGAGGACGAGCUGCGGGAUUUAAUUGCAGAUCUGGGGCUGGAUGGUGAUGAAGCUGGUGAUCUCGCAGCCGGGUUAUCUGAGAUGACGACUCCUGUUCAAGGCCUGAAGCUAGGUGGUAAGACAUCGUCUGUGCAAGAACUAGACAAGAAGAAGAAAGAGGAGGCAGCAAAAGCAGUGACUGCGGAGGAUGCAUCAUUUUCAAAGAACACAGAAUCUGCAAAGAUAAACGAAGCAAGCGAAGACACAGCCAACCAAGAAGCGGCUUCCAAACCAACCGCCCGCGAGGUCGAAGAAAAGCUCGAUAUUGUAGAUGCGAAACCUUAA